UUUGCCCAUAUCCAAGAUGGCGGCGGUGCUUUACAAACAUUUACAAAAAAGUGGAUUUUAUCUGAAUAAAACGGCUAAUGGAUAUAAAUGUGGACUCAGAUUGAAGCUUACAGAAGCAGGCGCUGGUUCCUAAUUCAAAACAAUCAGCUAAUAUACAAGAAGAAGUAUAAGAACUCAACUGUGGUGAUGGAAGAUCUACGCAUGUGCACGUCUGAACACUGUAAUAACAUCAGGCGGCGUUUUUGCUUCCAGGUGGUUUCACCUACAAAGAUCUGUAUUUUACAGGCUCAUUCGGAGGAAAAUAGAGAAGCUUGGAUCAGAGCCAUACAAAACAUCGCUGCUAAAGAUAAUGAUGACAGAACAGAUGACUUGGAGGAACUAGACAAAAAGUCAUCAUCACCAAGUGGAAGUUUCGAGUCAAUUUCCAUUAUACAGUUAGAUCAGGUCAUGGAUUUAAGUGUAAAGCAGAACCAAUGUUGUAGCUCCUCUGAAUCAGGAGAAUCUCACCAGACAGAGAGAGACUCACUAAAUGCACAACCGGCAUCUGGAGCUUCAGCUGAGAUAAGCCUUGGGGAAAUUGUGCUUGAACCUGCUCCUGAGUUGGAUUCCCUCUCUGACGCUUCUGUUGCGAGCAGUGUUGAAUGUGUUAAAGGUUCUGUUGGGGGAGAGACCCUGGAAUUGACCACCUCAUCCUCCAGCAACUGGAACCACACAGAUGGUGUUAAAAGAAAGACUACAGGAACACACCUCGUCCAAAGAUCCAGCUCUCCUUCUAAAGAGUGCUUUGAACGUCAGUACAAUGUGGGAAAGCUUCUGGGGAAAGGAGGCUUUGGUUGCGUCUAUGCAGGAGUUCGUAGGACGGAUGGAAAACAGGUUGCUAUUAAGUAUGUGAUGAAGAAUACCUGCGACACAUUCAUCACCAUUCCUGGUGAUACAAACCGCCUCCCUGUAGAAGUGGCGUUAAUGCUCAUGGUGUCAAACCCGCCUCGCUGCGAACAUGUCCUAGAGCUUCUGGAAUGGUUUGACACGCCAGAGUAUUACGUUUUGAUCCUGGAGCGACCCGAUCCCUGCAUGGACCUCCUUCAAUAUCGUGGAAAUGGCCCACUUUCUGAACCACUGGCUCAAGUCAUCAUGUGGCAAGUGGUUCUGGCUGCUCGACACUGCUGUGACCGUGGGGUUCUCCAUCGUGACAUCAAGGAGGAGAACCUUCUCAUAAAUUGGGAAAGAUUAGAGGUUAAGCUGAUAGACUUUGGUUGUGGUGAAUUGCUCAAGUCGACCCCCUACAAAACAUAUUCAGGCACUAUGUUAUAUAUUCCACCUGAAUGGAUCACAGAGGGUCAGUAUCAUGGCUGCCCUGCAACUGUCUGGAGUCUGGGCAUCCUGCUGUUUGUUUUAGUUUGUGGAGACAUGCCAUUCUGGAAUGAAUGGGAGAUUGCUAAGAGACCCCUCUUCUUCACACCUGGUGUGUCUGAGGCAUGCCGUCAUCUGAUCAGCAGUUGCCUGAUGAAGGAUCCAAAUAAACGGCCCAGUCUUGAGGAGAUCCUGGAGCACCACUGGUUUCCAGAGAGCCUUAAGAACUAAGUUCAGGCACCUGUAUAGGUUUCUAACAGAUAGGUCAUGGGCACCUAUAUAGUUUGUAACAAUUAGGUCAUGGGUGAGCAUAUCAGGGACCGCACAAUGAUCAAUGUGUAUAUGUGUAUGUGUAUGAGCAAAACUGUCCACUGUUUGCUUUCACGCAAUGUUGGAGUGAUCUUAGGUGACAGGUUGGAGUGAGAUUUGCAGUUUCAUGAAGAAGAGGAUGAACCCAAAAAAAGCAGAACAGGAAUAAUAGGGAUCAGCUUGAGAACACAGGUCUGCUAAAAGAACAGAUCCGGAGAUUUAGAUGACUUGAAUUCCUCAGCACCAUGUAACAUCAGUGUCCACUGUGCCAAAUCAAGAAGAACGACUCCUCAAUGAACAAGUCUAAUCUACUGGCGGAAGCAACCAGAUUUGGGCUUAAGCAUCUUGAUACCUGCAACAAAACAGCCCUAGAACAUCACAAAGCCACCACUGCAAUUAAUAGUGUGUGUCUGUUAAAAUGACAUUAAAGCACAAUAAAAAUAAUAAUAAGUUUUAGAAAGUCUACGAAAUUAAUUUACAGUCAAUAUAUUAUUUUGUAUCUCAGCUGUCUAGAGGUUUUUGUCUUGACCUUCUCAAUGGUGGUAUACAGUAUGAGACAAAGGUU